UGAGGCUCUGUUAGGGCGGCCCUGUGGGACAAUUCCACUCUUUAUCAUUAGGAGAGCGACGGCUACGAAUAGCAGAUAAAUUACUGGGGCCAAGUCAGGCAUGUGCCCGACGCCCAUCAGGGUGAGCUUUUAACAUCUCAAGAAUUGGCUGAGAUUCUACCGUCUAGUUUGGCGACUUCUACAAGAAAACACCCUGGAGCAGGAUCUGAUGUCCGGGAACUUGUGCAGCAGCACCACCGCUGCGCGGGCCAGACAGGCUGUGGAGCAACUGCGACUGGAGGCUGGCAUAGACAGAAUCAAGGUGUCACAAGCAGCGGCGGCGCUGGUCCGGUACUGCCAGGAGCACCGGCGAAAUGACCCACUGCUCACUGGCGUCCCGACAUCGGCCAACCCCUACAAGGACAAGAAGCCGUGUGUCAUACUGUAGGAAAAAGUGACACCGAUGACAAAUCCAAACAUGUAUGUUCAAAAAUGGCCAACCGGAUGGGAUGGAGAAGAAUAGGAAUCUCUUUUUAAGAACAUGUCAAAUUUAAAAAAAUGGCAAAGUGACAAUAGCUCUAAGGGAGAAUCGAAAAAUAUUGCAAACUGCUAUGAAAUGUUAAAGAUGUCAUAUUAAAUAUGAAUUUGCAAUUGUGUACUAAUUUAGCCUUUUGACUUGUAAAUUUCAAAGGUGUAUUUGUACAAGGAGAGCGCUGGCAGCUGAGGUGACUCGUCUUAUGAUUUAGUGUAGCGCCUUUUAACCCGAGUGCUUUAACUUUCUUAGUUUUUUUUCCCCAUAUUCCCACCGCUCAUUGUCACCUCAAACUGGUAUAUAGCACCUUGCACCGUGAACCUCAACCCAAGGCACCGUAACAGUGUAACUUCGUUUUCUCCACACCUCAGUAAUGCGAGUGCUGGCGGGCAAAAUAGCACUUCACGACUUUAUGUAGCCAGAGGCGGACUGGCCAUUAGGGCAUUUGGGCAAUGCCCGUUUGGCUGCGGACUCUGGCCUGCUCAUGGGCCAGCCGUUUCAUUAAAAAAAUUUUACAGUGGGUACGGAAAGUAUUCAGACCCCCUUCAAUUUUUCACUCUUUGUUAU